AUGAAGCCAGCACAGCGGGGCUUUGGCUCAUCCCUUGGCGGGGGUGGCUUCGGUCCUUCGUCUGGUAGCUCACUAUCAUAUCUGGCUGAACCGCCGUCUUUUGCAGCUGUGUCGGAUCCCAAUGUUGUUGUAUCGUUGAAAAACGUACUGAAAAAGGACAGUACUACGAAAGCGAAGGGUCUGGAGGAUCUGAUCCAACAUGCGCAAGCCCAUCCAUUUGACAAGGAUGGUGGGGUUGAAGAGGCUAUCAUCGAUAUAUGGGAACAACUCUACGCUCGCGCUUCCAUAGACAGCUCUAGACGCGUACGAGAACUGUCGCACUUGUUGCAGUUGGAACUUUUACGCUCCACUCGUAAGCGCAUGGAACGCCAUAUGCCCAAGAUCGUUGGCCCGUGGCUCGCAGGUCUGUACGAUCGUGAUCGAGUUGUCGCAAAGGCUGCAAACGACGGACUUGCAUCCUUCCUAACCACUCCAGAGAAGCGAUCGGCCUUUUGGGUUAAGUGCCAGUCACAAAUCUUGGAUUUUGCCAUCGAAGCCAUUCGGGAAACCCAGGACACGCUCAAUGACGAGCGAUCUACAACACCCGAGGAUGCCCAGGCCAAGUACUUUCGGGUUGUGACAUUGAGUUUGUCGUUGGUUCUGGGAUUGCUUCAGAAUGUCGACAAUGCGGGAAUGCAAAGGUUCACAGACAAAUACGAUGAGUACUUUGAAGAAGAUACAGUUUGGAAAAGUAUUACCUUCAACGAUGCGGCAGUCAGGAGAGCUGUAUGCCAACUGCUUUUCGCAUGUCUGGAUCGUCAACUUCCAUAUGGCACCACAACCAAGGCGAGGCAAGCAUUCGUCACUGGUGGGCUAAAGACAAACCAAGCAGGAUCAGCGCUCGAAUAUGUAAGGGUGUUGACUAAACUGACGCAACAAGAUUCCUCAUUUUGGGUAUCGAGCCCAACGGACAAAACAUCACCUAUCAUAAGACUACAGUCCUUUAUUUCCAAGGGCUCUCAGGGAAGCGCGCCAAAGUUCUGGGAAGUUCUUGACCAACUUAUUAGCGUUAUCCCUGUUGCCGCUCUUGGACUGGAGACGUCGUCGAAACUUCUUGCUUCGGUCAAGGCUGGAAUUAUGAAUCGUGAAGAGCCAAGAACGAAUACCUCGUACUCAUGGAAGUGCUUCGCAGACGUCGCCAAGAGGUCCAUCACACAACUACCUGAUGAUGCCAAACUCUCUUUUGCAAAGGAUCAUCUGUUUCCGCUCUUCGAGCAGUUUCUAUUCUCCACCACCGACAGUAGCGCCAUCCCAACUGGCCCUAAUGCCAUGACAGUCUUCGUGGACUUACACUUGGCCAUGAUUCAGUCCUCGGCCAGUGUCGUUGAAGCCUCGGCUCAAGAAUGGGAACAAUUGGGCACUUUGUUAUGCACCAACAUCUCAGGCUCGCUACCAGAGGUUUCCAAAGAAUACAAGGCUUCUCAAACUAGUAUCGGAGAGCAAGGAAGACGGUGGUUUGGCCUGGUUGGCGAAAUAUUCACCAAACUGCACGGGGCCAAGUCGAACUUAGCCGACCAAACUACUAACCCUUCGAACAAGGUGAUUUCUCAGUGCUUCUCCUUACUAGAAAGCCGAAAUAUGAAACCGUUUGGAGCAGCCCAAAUCAUAGAGUAUGCUCUGAGCACAUCGCAACAUUUAUUUUCUGAUAACAGCGGCCAGCGUCUGGCGUCAUUCCUGCUCAAGGUAGCAGAUGAUAGCUUCGACAAAAUGGUCGAAUCGGCUUCGGCGCGACAUCUGUUGUCUGGCCUUGGGCUCUUUGGCUCAAUAGAAGGCCAGUCGCAAAGACACGACGACAUUUGGCGAGCCUGGGUCGACGAAGCUUUGAAGCCAAGUCUUCCCCAACGCACUAGGAAUGCUGCUCUCAUAGGCUUGAUCUCUCAAGCAAACGGCUCGUCCCUAGCCAAAGACAACUCUACGCUUCAGAACACUCUUUGUGCUCAAGCAAUUGACGCAUUGACCGAAGAGUCUGAUGGCUGGGAUUUGAUCGAUGCAGCAUCUGUCCAUCAAGCGAUGAAUGACGAGACUGGUAGAAGGCUGACUGUUGAACUGGUGAAUCGAUUGUCGAAUCCAGAAACCAAUCCGGAACAGGUGCUCAAAAUGCUCGAAAUUGUUGCGAAGUCCAAGCCUGCACUCUUAUCCGAAGAACCGGUUCAUACUGAGCUCGUUUCCCAACUUCUCGCCUUGUCAGAGAUCAACAGCUCUGAGAUAUCACCAAAAGUCGUGGCGAUUCGUUCACUUCUUGACAACCAAAAUCAAGGCAAGCUACCGGUCGUGGACAUUAUUCAGUCCAAUCUUGAAAGAGCAGGGCCUCAGUGCUUGAGUAUUCACACACUCGUGUCACAGGCAAAGGACGCAGUGGGAAGCAAUAUCGCUUCCUGGGAAAGCAUAUUGCCGAGCACCAAUAUUUGGAUGGGCCAAUUUGCAAACCUGUUGGAUGCUCCUCUUAACCCGUCUCUGUCCAUUACAAGCAGCAUUGGUGGAGCAAUUUCUUUGCCUGAUUCAGCUGACCCAGACAGAACCACCUGGCCGUUGCCUCGCGAUCGUGAUGGCAGAUCUGUUCCUGCAAGAAUGGCCGUCUACACCUGUGAACUGAUCAAGAAUAAUUUGGACGAUCUUCACCUACCUCCUCAGUUUCAGAUUGAGCUUUUGUAUCUACAAGGUCUUGCGAUUCAAUUAGCUUCUGAUCAAAUCACUACGAUGAGCGGCCAUGGGCUAUGGUUGUCCCUUGAUGACGCCGCCGUCCUCAAUGAAGCAGUUGACUUGGUUUCGUCAUCGCGACAUAUCAUUCAAGAUAUUGUUAACAAGGCGAACGAAUGGCAAUCAGCUCAGGAGACGGGUAAUAGCCCUUCUUCCAUUAUUAGAGGACUCAUUGACCUCUCAAUGAAGGAAUCUCGAGAGAUUUCUCCCCGAGGCGUCUACAGUGCAAGGUUUUUGAGUGAGCUCAUCCAGGCACUCGUUGAUGCUCAUGGAAUGACCAGCUCCAUCGAAGAACAGUUCCUCACGCUUGAAAAUCUUAAAGCAAAACCAGAAACUGCUUUACUAGCCGCAGGGCUCCUUAGCGGACUCGGGGAUGCCGCACAAUCCUCCAAGCCUGUGAGCAACUUUUGCAACAGGCUGGUGAGUGACGUCGCAGGAAAUGCGCUAGGCAACGACAAGACCGAAAUGACUUUGGCACUCCUGGGGAUUCUUGGCCAAAUAUACGAGACUGGGGAGCUCCCAGUUGCGAAUAAUCGAAUCGUGUUUGCGGCAAAACAGGUGACGUCGUGGCUAGAGGAACCUGCCGAACUCAGUCCCGGUCUGAGUGCCACCAUUUGCCGUGCACUCAAUGUACUUUUACCCUGCAUGAAGGACGUUUAUGGAUCGUACUGGGAGAACACUCUUCAGUUUUGCGCCAGACUUUGGGACCAGGCUGCAGCUUCUACUCCCAACGAAUGUCUGCCGUUCGUCCAUGCUUCACUCAAAUUGGUGAAGACUCUGGAGGGCAUAUCAGAGCCAAAUGAUGAUCUUGACGAUGCGCUCCGAGAAUUUGCCCCUGCAAAAUCUUCCGGCCUAAUUGAGCUACUCAGACUCGAUUGGAUUACCAAGUCACAGCCACUGGAGAUUGUCGGUGAAUUGCUCUGCAGAGAAGUGGAAAAGAUCCCGGUCAACAGAAUCCCAGAGCCAGAAGAGCUUUUUGGACUUGUUGCCUCUGAAACCAGAAACAUCCAGACAGCAGCAUUCAAUCUCUUGCAUAGGAAGAUCCCUGCCGAGCAGCAGCAAAGGUCUGUUGAUGUGCUUUUGGAUAAGACUGAUGUCAGCUUACCUGAUGAACUACUCUCCUUAUUCCUCGAUCCACCAACCUUGGAGAAGUUCUCAGACGAAGCCCUGGCACUGUUUCCUUCAUCGAUUCGCGGAUACCUCCUAUCAUGGAAGUUGGUUUUUGACGCAUAUUCCUCGUCUUCGUUCAAGAUUCGCAACGACUUCACGGAGGACUUGAAAGCUGAAGAGUUGGUCGAUCCUCUACUGGACUUCAUGUUUGAUGUCCUCGGUCACAGCGCAGCUCAUCCACUCAAUCUUGAAAAGGCAAAUAUCAGGGCUCAGCAGAUUCGGGAUUACGACAUCAAAGUGGCGGAUGUGGACUCUGGAGAACAAAGCUUGCACUGGCUACUUGUACAUCUGUACUACCUCACUCUCAAAUUCGUUCCUGGUCUCGUCAGAGCGUGGUACAUCAACUGUCGGUCCAAGCAGACCAGAAUCGCUGUAGAAUCCUGGACCACAAAAUACUUGUCACCCCUCAUCAUUGCCGAGACCUUGGACGGAGUACAAACCUGGGCUGACCAACAGGAAGCACCAACCGCUGAUGAGCAGGAGCUUCAGAUCAAGGUGGCCAAGUUGGCCAAGGAAAUCACAGCAGCGUACGAGGUGGAAGACGACACUUACGCAUCAAUUCUUAUCACAGUGCCAGCCAGUUAUCCCAUUGAAAGCGUGACCGUUUCAAGCGUCAGCCGCGUGGUGGUUAACGAACGCAAGUGGCAGAGUUGGAUCAUGACUACCCAAGGAGUAAUCACAUUCUCCAACGGGAGCAUUGUCGACGGCUUACAGGUGUUUAAGCGCAACAUCAUCGGCGCCCUCAAGGGUCAGAAUGAAUGUGCCAUAUGCUACAGUGUCAUCUCGGCGGAUAAGCGUAUGCCGGACAAGAAAUGCAGCACUUGCAAAAAUCUCUUCCACAAAUCCUGCUUAUACAAGUGGAUGCGGACUAGUAACGGAAACACUUGCCCGUUGUGCAGAUGUCCUAUUGACUAUCUCGGCAUUGAAAAGAAGAAGAAGAGACGGCCCAGUUAG